AUGUGCACGUACCUCAGACCAGAGCAGACCAGAAUCGAAAAGCGUAUGGCUCCAGUCGAUGCCGCUUUCUCCGUUCUUCGUGAGAUCUAUCACUCGAACAACGAGCCAAUCGCUUUGUCGAACGCUAUUCAACGGUGCGCUCGUAAGGGAAUCAGCGAGGUUGCUCUUCAGAAGUGUCUCGAUCAGUACACUGCCAAUGGAGUUCUGGUUAUAGAUCGCCAGAACAUCGUUUUUGCUAUGAAUUGA